CUUUCGGGGUUAGGGGAUGGUUUUUCGAGCUGCGCAUGCGCCUUAACUGCGGUACUACAUUGCGAUAGGGGAUUGGCUGAGAGUAUGAGCAGGCCACAUUCCAUUGGAUGAACGUAGUAGUGGGCGGGUUACUAGUCGGAGUGUUCAUUGGCAGAGAGCGGCAUCAGUUUUAGGGAAGUAACGGGAGAUUGGGUGGCGCGCUGCCGUUCGUUGCUUGGGCUGGUAGCGGGGGCGCUGUGGGAAAGAUGUCGGGCGGGGAGGCCUGUGAUGGGAAGAAGCUGGUUCGCUCGUCCAGCGGGCUCCGCAUGGUGCCAGAGCACCACGCCGCCCGCAGCCCUUUCGGCCUGGACGAGCCGCCUUGGGUGCCUGAUAAGGACUGUCCAAGAUGUAUGCAGUGUGAAACGAAGUUUGAUUUCAUAACCAGAAAGCACCACUGCCGGAGAUGUGGGAAGUGCUUUUGUGACAAAUGCUGCAGUAAAAAAGUGCCUCUGCCUCGUAUGUGCUUUGUAGAUCCUGUGCGCCAGUGUGCUGAAUGUGCUUUCAUCUCUCAGAAAGAAACAGAAUUUUAUGACAAGCAGCUUAAAGUGCUUAUGAAUGGUGCUACAUUCUCUGUUGCUCGGGGAACAUCAGAAAAAUCUGAGCUGAUGGUUUGUCGACUUUCCAACAACCAGAGAUAUUUGUUUCUGGAUGGAGACAGCCAUUAUGAAAUUGAAAUUGCACAGAUUUCAACUGUCCAGAUACUUACAGAGGGAUUUACUCCUGGAGAAAAAGAUAUUCACACUUAUACCAGCCUUCUGGAGAGCCAACACAUUACUGAAGGAGGCAAUACUCGUGCCACAGGUAUGCUCCUGCAGUAUAAGGUACCAGGGUCAGAGGAGCUCACACAGAUGAAAUUUACUGCCAGUGAAGACUUCAAUUCUAACAAGAAGCUGUCAGCAGCCUGGCUAGCAGCUAUGCAUAAGGCAGCAAAACUCCUUUAUGAAUCCCGGGACCAAUAACAGCAGCAAGUUGUCUGAGAUCUGAGGGAAAAGACCAGCUUGAUGAAAAACUGCUUCUCACUUUUUGCUAGUUACUUUGAUCCAUGUAAUUGGUAUUAUGAACCCCUCUCUACCCCAAAUGUGGUUCACUAUGUAAGCACUGGCAAAUGCAAUGUGAGUAUUUUGGAACCAUGAGUAUUCACUUAUCUAGUGUGCAAUAUGUAUACAAUUAAUGCUUUAAACAUAGCCUCACGUUUAAGACUUUAUUAUUUUGUUAAGUCUUCUUAUUGGCACUUAAUAUGGAAAAUGAAAGUAUGACCUGCACUACAGCUAAAAUGUAUAGCACAAUUUUUGUAGUACCAAUUAUGUAUACUAUAUGUAUUUAAUUUGUUGGCUACAAACAGCAAACAAAUGUAUUUGUAAGUCUCUUCUACAGAGAAUAGCUUUUUGGGUAUAGAUCUCAGGUUUUUUUCUUAUCCAAAUGUUGAAGAUCAAUGUACAAUGAAAUCUGCCUUAGAUACCCUUUUAUAGAAAUAAUCAUUUUGGGCUCUCAACAUGUGAUCAAAGACUUUAAAGAUAAGUUUCACCAAAUAUCGCAAACUGGGUUGUAUGAAUGUGACCUCUUGGAGCCACCCUUACGUAGGAAAAUAUAAGCUUCCAGAAAAUGAUUUUGAAGUUUUAUAUUCAUUUUACUUGUGGUAAACACCUUUUGCUAACUAAUCAGAUUAUUGUAACUAAUGUUUGGACAUAUCAUAUACAGUAUUUUAAAUGUACAAGUCUUAUGGAUCAAAUGAAUUCAUACUUAUUAAAAUAAGCAAAAUGCUCAAGAUAGUAUUCACUUCAACUUGCUAAGCAACUUAAGCUAACUUUCAACCUUAAAGACUUCAAUAUUCUUGGUUUGAGUGGAGGAGAGAAUAAAAAUUUAUUUACAAUACUCAAA